AUGACAGUAGACCCGGGAUGUGUGUGGGCCGUGCUCCGGGUGGGCAAUGGCUACCGAAAUGACAGCUUCUCAAGUGUUUUGUUCCUUUUCCUCCCUGUCAGCUCUGGGGUUUUCAUCAUCCCCGGGCUCCAGGAAGAAGAGAGGGUGGCGGUGCAGAAACGUGGCCACCAGGUGCUGAGGGCUCUGCACGGACUGUGCAUCCAGGCGGAGCAGGCUCCAGUCAUCGCUGUGCUGUGCUCUGGCGGAGGGCUGCGUGCCCACAUCGCCUGCCUCGGGGUCCUGAGCGAGCUGAGGCGACACGGGCUGCUGGAUGUCGUCACUUACCUUGCGGGUGUCUCAGGGUCCACUUGGGCAAUGUCUUCAUUCUAUGCCAAGGACGGGAACUUGGAAGACAUCGAGGCCGAACUGAAACGUCGAUUUGACCAGAGGGAGUGGGACUGGCAUGGUAGCCUGCAGGAAGCCGUCCGGUCAGCGAAGACGUUGAAAAAUUACUCUCUGACUGACUUUUGGGCCUACUUGGUCGUCUCCAAACAAACCCGAGAACUGCAGGGCUCUCACUUGUCCGGCAUGAAGACGCUUGUGGACGAGGGGACGAUGCCCUACCCGAUAUUUGCAGCCAUUGACAAUGACCUCCACUCUGCCUGGCAGAAGGAAAAAAACCAGAAGACCUGGUUCGAGUUCACCCCUCACCACGCUGGCUACCCUGCGCUCAGGGCCUAUGUGGCCGCCACCCACUUUGGAAGCCAAUUCAAGGAGGGCAGAAUGGUCAGACAAGAGCCCGAGCGAGACCUGACCUUCCUGAGAGGUUUAUGGGGAAGUGCUCUAGCCAGCCUUGAAGAAAUCAGGAAAUUUAUUUGGGACAAGCUGUCCAGCCUGAGAGAAAGUUUCUUGCUGAUGUACCAUCCCAUAGAAGGCACCAGCUCCCUGCCAGCUGUGCAGUUGGGGAUAGCUGUGUGUCUGUCUCUAGAGUUCACGGCCGGGAAUGGGAUCCUCAGUGCAAUGGUGUUGGGAGGGAGGGCAAUCCCUGGGGCAGGCGUGGAAGUGGCGCUCCUGGAUUUGAUGAUGGCUUAUGUCGAAGAUCCUAAAUCCCCCAGCAUCCAGGAGAAACUCCGGGGGCUGCAGCAGGAACUGGAGGCGCAGAGGAAAGAUGAGUGCCACCACAGCUGGAUGUCUGAGAUAAUCCAGAGCUGGACCGAGAUCUCCCUGGAAGAGCAGGAGCAGUUCCUGGAAUACCUGGCCUAUUGCUUCCAGAGGCAGGAGCAGGACCCCAGGUGGCGAGUGCAAACAUCACUGAUGGGUGAGGUUGCAUAUUGGGACUAUUUUGUUUUUCUGUUUAAAACUUCUAUAUGCUGCUCCAAGUGGGAAUGGGGGACCACCUACAACUUCCUGCAUAAACACGGUGGCGUCAGAGACCCGGCGAUGCACACUCGGGAGCUCUUGCACCUGGUCGAUGCAGGAUUCGCCAUCAACACCCCCUACCCGCUCGUUCUGCCCCCAGUUCGGCAAGUUGAUCUCAUCCUCUCUUUCGACUUCAGCGCGGGGGAUCCUUUCCAGACCAUCAGGGACACUGCCAAGUACUGCCAGCACCAUGGCAUCCCCUUCCCCCCAGUGGAGGAGGCUGCGCUCCAGGAGUGGUCUAGAGUGCCCAGGAGCUGCCACAUCCUGAGAGGGGCGGCUGGGCCCGUGGUGAUGCACUUCCCCCUGUUCAACACCGACAACUGCGGAGAUGACAUCCAGUCAUGGACAGACAGGUACAGCACGUUCCAGCGGGCCGACAGCUACAGCAGGGACAUGGUGACACAGCUCCUGGAGGUGUCCAAGAAGAACGUUGACAUGAACAAGACGAAGAUCCUCAGAGAGGUGAAGAAUGUGGCCAGCUGUGGCCUCUCUGUGGUGGGCGCCUACUGGAAGGCAGUGGCCCAGCCCUCCCAGGCCUCCACCUCUCCAUCUCUCCUGCAAGACGGAGUCCCUACUCCAGCUGGCUGGAAAGGCUCUGGUGGUCCCACUGGGAAUCACCAGACACCCAGCCCCAUCCACAAGGUGCAGGGCUCCCCACACACUGGUUCUCAGGUGGCCCAGGCCCCCCCACCCCCACCCCGAGAGGUGGAGGAGCUCACCAUCUCCAGCCCAGGAGGGCUCUACCAAGAAGUCAAGUUCAAGUUCAGCGAGGACCAAAAGCUCCCAGCUGGGGAUGAAGAGGAGUGUUCUCUAGAGGACACAGUGGUGGACGUGCGGGGCUCCCGUACUGUGAGCAUCAAGAUCACCAACAGGACAGGUGUGACGUUCAAGGAUCCCAUGCUCUGCUGUCGGAGUGGCCAGGCCCACGUGAGACCACCACCUGUGCUUCCCCCGAAGUCCACCGUCCACUGUUCCUUCACAAAGACGAGCUCCAGCUUCCAGGGCACAGCGGGCCUGCUGGCCUACCAGGGCCCAGACGAGCACCUGGCCCUGCUGUUCUCCGUCCCCUUCAGCUACGCCCUCCAUCGCAUCCAGUUUGCCCUGGCCGUGCUCAGGGGGCCGCUGGCCCAGGACGACCUGGAGCAGGUCUUUGAUGGCAUCAUGGAGGAGGAGGCCCCGGAUCCCAAGGUGGCGAAGUGCAUCCUGCAGACCCCUCAGGGGGCCCUGGAGCUGAAGCAUGGCUCCCUGAGCAUCAGAGCCACCGUGUCCAAUGUUCAUGUGGCCAAAAUGGAUGUGGUGAUGGAGACCAAAGCCACCUAA